AUGCCUCAGUGCUUUGAGCAUAGCGCCGACACGCUCAUGACGUUUGAGCAGAGCUACGACACAUACAUGAACAAGUACAUCCCCAAUCCUGGCUGGACACCCAAGGACCCGCGCAAGUUCUGGCAUAUUAUCUACGGCGUACCAGAGGCGGACGCGGGAAAGGUUGCCGCGCUGGCCCUCAAGCGCGGAGCCGGCCUUAUCCACAUUACAAACGACGUCCUCCCCAAUCCGUACGACACCCUACCUGACGAAGCCUAUAUGAAAGCCAUUACGGACACCAUCAAGGGUGGCGGACCGGAUGUUGCAGAUCCCACCCCAUAUCCAGCCGACGGGCAGGCUACGUUUCCGCUGGGCCCAUUAUCAGUGACCGCUUCUGGACUAUUCCUCCGUGAGCCUCAAGUGGGAUAUCUCUAA